AUGGCAACUCUUCAACGGAAUUGCCUAGUAACCGUAGGCGCAACUGUUGGCUUCAAGAAGCUAACCGAACAAGUGCUGCUACCCGCAUUCUGGCAGUUCCUAAGCUCAGAGGGCUUUACUUCACUACGCAUCCAAUGCGGUCCAGACGUUUCUUGGGCAAUGACUCUUUUGGACGAUCGCAAUGCUGAUAUACCAGAGGGACUGAUGGUAGAUGUCUUUGAAUCUACAAAGAAUCUCAUGAGAGAUGAAAUGACGCUGUGCAGGGCCGAGAGCGGACUGCGCUCCACGGGUUUGGUUAUUUCUCAUGCGGGAACCGGCACAAUUCUUGAUGCCUGGAAGGUCGGCCUCCCAGUAAUUGUCGUGCCCAAUGAAGAGCUGCUAGAUAAUCACCAGGCCGAGAUGGCCAAGCAUCUCGCAAAAGAAGGCUACGCAAUCAUGAGUACAGCCAGUUGUACGGACCUCCAAGGAGCAAUCCAUAAGGCGGAUCGGCUUUGGGAGGAAAACCAGUCUCGCUGGCCACCCCACUCAGUUAAGCCUCAGAAGAAUGCCGGCAGCCUUCGCCUUUGGGAGAUUCACCCUCAGGAGGUCGAGAGGGAGGAGGACGCAAAAAUGGUUAAUGACUAG